AUGAUGCGUUCCCGCAAGAAAAUUGAAUUUAUGGUGGUAGCAGUGUUCCUGCUCUGCGCAUGGUUCCUCUUUGACGCCCACUUCAAUGCUACCCAAGAAGAAUCUGUCAAGGCUAGCGCUACUGACAAGCCGUGGCAAUAUGAGGCAAUAGAAGUAGAGGAAGGGCAAAAGAAACUUGAGCAGGAAGUCGCGCAUGGCAGCACGAAAGAGGAAACAUCAUCGGCCUCCACCACUCCUCAACAUACAAGCAUACCAACGCAAAGUACAGCGGUAGCGACACAUAGCCCAUCGCUACCUGAUCGCGUCGUGGUAAUGGCGAAGCUUCCCACAGACGACACCCGCUGGGUACAUACCGAUCUGCAAGAUUGGCAAUCAGCCAUCUACGAUAUCGAUACCGAAACUCCGCACAACACGUCGACCUUGGAUCCGCUCACUAACAGCACUCUACGUACUCUUCGGAAUAAGGGAAUGGAAGCAAAUGCAUACCUCGCAUACAUAGUGCAGAAUUACAAUAACCUUCCUUCAACAAUCGCAUUCAUACAUCCGCACAAAGACGGUUACCCGAUCGCCUGGCACACCGACAACAACGAACAUUCCAACGUAGUCUCUCUGCAGAACCUCAACAUCAACUUCAUCCAGAGCAACGGCUACGCGAAUUUGCGUUGCGUUAACGAUCCAGGCUGUCCGCACGAAGUCAUGCCGUUCCGAAACCCACCUGAGGAUCAUCGAACAAUCGAAGCAGCGAUGCCGGAUGCGUGGCAAAGCUUGUUCAAUAAUACGGACGUACCGCAAGUACUUGCAACCCCUUGCUGUGCGCAGUUUGCCGUGUCGAGCAAGCAAGUGCAGAAGCGGCCGUUGGUCGAAUAUCAAAAGUAUUAUACAUGGCUGAUGGAAACGCCGCUGAAAGAUGAGACGAGUGGCCGGGUGUUGGAGUAUCUCUGGCACGUUUUGUUUGGUCAAGACCCUGUUUACUGUCCCGCAUACGAGAAGUGUUAUUGCGAUGUGUACAACAGAUGUUGA